GAACACAACUUCAGUGAUGCUGGUGCACGGUACGAGCGACCAGUUCGCUCACCACGGCUUCAGUCUCGCUCACGCGCUCAACGAACAUGGCUCACACUUUACGCACGUGGUUUACCCCGAAACAACCCCUUCUACCAUCAGACCCGAACGUCACCUCCUUGCUGAACUAGAGCACUUUCUCUUCAGUUGGAUUCACGAUCCUCUAAUAUACGAAGACCUGGAAGGGAAGAUUUUAGAGGAUGGCAUUGAAGAGAACGUUCCCACAUAUGAAACGCGGUUUGAUAUCAGAAGAAGUUAUCUGAAACUCAGGGCACCCAGUGGAGUUUGAGAGCUAAUAAUCCCUUUUAAUUUUGUUUCGUCAUUAAUUACAUUAAUAAUGAAGUCUUCAGAUUUUGAAUAGUUCUCAUCAGAAUUUAUAAGAAGUGGCCUGAUCUGGAGAAUAUGUAUUAUUUUCAUUAUUGACCAUUUGUAUUUGAUACAAAACGCAUUAUAAUUUUCCGAUAUUGAAUUCAAUAUUUCUCUUUCAUUAAUA